AAUCAUUUCAUAUCAUUAAUCAUUGUGUAACUGUCAAUAUUAAGUCAUAUAUAAAAAUAAUAUCUCUUUAAUUCGCUGAAAAAAUGGAGUCUGGUACGGAAGUCAUACCAUCACAGAUGGAAUUCGAUAUUGAAUUGGACAAAAUAUAUGUUGAAGAAGAGGUUGAUAAUCUUAUAUAUUCAGUUAGAGAAGAACUUAUAGAUAAAGUAAUGGCCGAAGUCGAUAAAAUAGAUAAUAAGGAUCGAACGGUAUCGUUUAUUGUGGAUACAGCCUGUGAGGCACUUUGGAGGUUAUUAAAUCUAGAAUUUAUUCAUCAUGCUAUUAUACCAGACAUUGACAGUCCAGAAUGGAGUGGAGAUGCACCACCUGAACCCUCUCCCAAAGACUUUCUGGCUACUAAAACAAUCCCGAUAAGAAUUAAAGAUGCCGAAAAAGAAGAUGAGAAGGAAUCUGUUAAGGAAGCAGUUUGUGAGUGCGAGUUUGACAAGAGCAGCUUGUUUUGCGAAUGCUUAUUAACUGUAGAUGAACGAGAUCUGGUUAAGUAUCUAGAAUGUGAAACAUAGUUAUUUUUUAGAUAUCUUAUUAGAUUUUUUAAAUUCGUUUUAUUAGCCAUAUACUUUUACAAGUCAGCUCACCAUCAGUAUUUAUUAAAUAAUAUAUACUAGUU